CUGAACAACAAUAAACUGGUGAUGCCUCCAUCUGAGGUGUUAAAUCUCAGGUGUUUGGAAGAGCUGACGUUGGACAACAACAACCUUACUAUGCUUCCUGGAGGUUUGGGAAGACUCAAGUGUUUGCGCCACCUCAGUCUGUCUUCAAACCCGCUUAGUUUUCUCAACGGAGAGGUUGGUGAUCUGAUCUCACUGCGUCAGCUUUGGGUCAACAAUUGUCAACUUACAGCUCUACCUGAUGAAAUAGGAUGCCUUGAGAAUCUGGUCAGAUUAAGUGCAAACUCCAACAGCCUAAGAGCUGCUCCAGAUACUUUGAAAAACUUGUCUAAUUUAAGAUGGCUGAACCUUUCUCAUAAUAAACUGGACAAACUUCCCAUGGAGCUCGGCAGUUUAACUUGCCUGGGUUAUUUGAAUGUUAACCAUAAUAACCUGAGGGAAGUCCCCCAGUGUCUGACAGAGUUAUCUUCACUUGCUUCUCUACUGAUGAAGGAUAAUUUAGUGUCCUCAGUUGAGGAUGAUGUAGUUCUAGGGCUGUCACAGCUAACCAGAUUUGAUCUCAGAGACAAUCACAUCACAGAUAGGCCUAUUCACUGGAAGGGCUUAGAGUACAUCCAGAUAGGAAGGACAGGAUUGGCUGCUAGUGGUGUAAGCUGAUGGAAAUGUUCAUGACAAUCCAGAGUGUAUGCUGAUAGAAAGGACAGCUGGGACGGUUGGUUGGGAGCUUAAGUUGAUGGCAUGAUUGAUGAUAGUCCAGUGCCCAAAAUAUAUGCUGAUAGGAAGGACGGAGCUGUGCUCGGAAAUUAAGCUGAUGCAUGACAAUCCAGGGAGUAACGUAGUCAUGGAUGAAAUUGUAGGUUUUCAUUAUGAAUGGAGGUUGAGUGCUCCAGUCCAGAUCCCAUAUUGGUUUUGCUGUUGGGAGGUUUGUCAGUUGCCUCCCAAAGUGCAGUGGUUUUCUCCAGGCUCUGAACAAUUUCCUCCACCCAUCAUCCUGACUACCAUUACUACCGUACAUCUAU